AUGGACAUUCACGACGUGACGGACGAUAUUCGGGUUUACCACACUUCCUUCACUGAUUACCUCUGCACCGAGUCUCGAUCUGCCAAGUUCUACAUUAAUGAGCCUCGGCAACGCGAAUUCCUUUCUUGUCGAUGGCUCACGGCUCUCUGUGAACACUGCAAGCCUCAGGCAAAGAGCUUCCAUUACCGGACUGUCAAAACCCUCUUCAAAAAGUGGGGCAAAUUUUUCUCCUCCGUGAAACAGCCAAGCGAGCAAUUGCUAUAUGAACUUGGAUCUCUUGAUAUCCUUAGCCUCCUCAUUGCUACUGGUGCCAAUCUGGUAGUUGAUGACUCGUACCGUGAGCCAUCGGAGCGGUGGCGCUUAUUAUUCCGUUCCUUUCAAACCAUCGCUUCCUGGUUGAAUCGAGAGGGUGUCCACCCACGAAUCAUUGAACACUUUGUAGAUGUCCAGGAUCGUAUCCAGGUGAACCCCUCACUGGAUGAAGAAACUCGAAGAGACCUUGAAAGCUGGGUGAUCUUCAAUGUCACUCGUUGCAGAUGGAGAUGUCCAUUGACAGAGCGUGUUGAUACCUCGGUGGCAAAAUUGUUUGCUAGUGUGCGGAAAAGCAAGUCUUCCUCAGGUCCUCUUUCAUUAGCUGGGCCUACUAGCACACCAGGCGGAGUCUGCAUCAAUAUUCAAGAUGGUUGCUUUCGGACCGUGAAGCGCCUGCAUUAUGAUCUAAAGACCUCAAUAGCGAGACACCAAAAGUUGGAAUUUACGGAAAUCGGGAGCACUCUUCACAAUCUACUAAUAUCAACGCUACUAGAAUCCUGCGUACCCCAACCUGAACUUCUCUCUAUACUCCGUACAAUCUCUGACGUGGUGAAGAUGUAUUCCAAAAUUACUCGGGGGCGGUUACACAUAUUCGGGGAAGCUCGAAAUAAGCUACUUUCAUUGUGCGAGUUCUUCCCGGAUGCUCACGGUUAUGCUGAAUGUACAGAUCUCGUCAUAAACCAAAUCUUGCCUUUUUGCAUUUUUUACGUUUAG